CUCAAAUUCGACUACAGGAUCUUAAAUACUUAUGUUUUAUUUCAUUUUCAUGCAUUCAGAUUUUUUUUCCCUUUAUUACAGUUAACGGGACAGUUAACACGGAUUAGUUUCCGAUCGUACUGAGGGCGUACUGAAGGAGCAGCGCCUAUACAAUCCCAAGCUGCAGUGAGCCGGGCUAGAAAAGCGUGGAGCUUCAGACCUGCCUGGUGGUGUAACCCUUUCAUCCACUUCCUAUCUAAUUGCGUUCAGAUAACAGCGCGACUGACGCAGGCUGAAUAAAUCUGCCGAGCUUGGAAAAACUGGUAGGAAAUUAACGAAAAUGGCAUUAUCGGAUGUUUUCUGUCACCUCUCGUGCUCUUUCAUCAAUAAUUAACAUAUAAGCUUUUAGAUGUCGAGACUAGACCGCAGAUUUCUACCCUCACUCAUGUACUGGUGAAUCCUAUAGGAGAAGCGCACCAGAAGCUUUGAAAAAGGGGGAACCGGUGAAAAAGACUUGGAACUUGGUACAGAGGGAAUCGUUUUUACAAAACCUCGCAAUGAUGGUUCUCAAGAAAACCAUAUUCGCGUGUUUUAUACUUCUGAUGGCGGUGGACACCCUCGUGAAGCUCGCCGGGGCUCAGAAUGACACAGAGCCCAUUGUCCUGGAGGGUAAAUGCCUGGUGGUGUGUGACUCUAAUCCGGCUAUGGACUCCAAGGGGUCGUCCUCUCCGCUCGGGAUUUCGGUGCGCGCAGCCAACUCCAAGGUGGCUUUCUCCGCGGUCAGGAGCAACAAUCACGAACCGUCGGAAAUGAGCAAUAAAACAAGAAUUAUUUACUUCGACCAGGUUCUUGUCAACAUUGGCAACUAUUUCACCUUGGAUUCAGUGUUCUUGUCACCCCGCAAAGGGAUCUACAGUUUUAACUUUCAUGUCAUCAAAGUCUAUCAGAGUCAGACCAUACAGGUGAACCUCAUGCUGAACGGGAAGCCAGUCAUCUCUGCCUUUGCGGGCGAUAAAGACGUGACGCGUGAAGCUGCCACCAAUGGCGUCCUUCUGUACCUGGAUAAAGAGGACAAGGUGUAUCUAAAGCUGGAGAAAGGGAACCUGGUGGGUGGCUGGCAAUAUUCCACCUUCUCCGGAUUCCUCGUAUUCCCUCUGUAAGAAAAAGAAAACAAUAAAUGCAUAUAAAUAAAGAAAAUACAUAACGAGAGUGAGCUAAACGGGGGAGCAGCUCAGAAACAAAACUGACUCAACAACAGUUAUGUUGUCGUCGUCUCAUAACCGAAAUUCAUUACCGCUUCAGUCGGAGUCGUCCAAAUGGAUGGUUUCAGUGUUUAUUUUUCCAAGCUUACAGUCACUUCAGAUAUGCAGAAUGUGGAAGGGACAUGGUUUGCGAAAUGAGCGUGAAAACAUCCCGAAGCCUGAAAGGACAGUAUUAUCCUCCCUAACUUGUUACUCAAUGUAGAGAAGAAAGAUGUUCUCCUCCAAUGUGUCCAUCAUACCCAAUCUGAUAAAGUUUUUAUUUUUGUCAUCACGUUUAUUUUUUUUGCGCCUAUGUGCAUUUACUUAAUUGGUAUGUGAGGCACAUCAUGGUAAUAUGUUUCGAGAUUCAUUAUCCGUCGUUCUCUCCAUCUUUAUGUGCUAUUUAUUUUGAGUGUGGCAUUGUGCGGGAACUGUCAUUGUCAAACGACGGCAUUCCAUCACACGCAUACAGGGUGGGCGAGACUUGCAGGGCAAGGGCUGACUGAAAAGAAGCGCGGGGCUGGGAGAUGGAAUACGUGAGUCCGUGCAAUUGGAGGCGCCCUUGAUGAAAUGUGAAUUAAAAUUCAAGGACUGCCUCAGUAAUAUCUGUUGGUGUAACUUUCUCUCUGAUCUCUGCACUGUUUUACUCAUUUGUAGGUGCCAAUAUAGAUAUAUUGUUUAAUGUGUGAUGGAAUGCAGGAAUGCUUAUUAUUACAUAAACUCUCAAAUACGGGGGUGUGUGUCUGUGUGUGUGUGUGCGUGUUUUUUUUUUUGUAUUUUAAGUAUGCAUAUCUGAGUUUUAUCAUAAUAGGCUGAUUUUAUUGAACAUUUGCUUUCAAUUCUCAUGAGUGCCCUCUAGCUUUAAACAUGCUUUGAAUCCAUUCCUUAAUUUCAUUGCCUCUUUUGUGUGUGUGUGUGUGUGUGUGUGAAUGAGUGUAUGUAUGUAGGAGGGAACGCAAUAGCCUUCACUGGCAAGCGAAUAAUCUGUGGAGUCAUUUAAACAGCAGAUUUGUCUAUGAUAAUUGCUGGAUUGCAACAAUCAUGUUCUUGAGUGCUUUAAUAUAAUUAUCAUUGGUCUUGGGGCAUUGCUUUUGUUGUUGGAUUUUAGAUUUUUAUAUAGAUUAAAAAUGUCGACGCAAAGGAAUGAAUCCAGAUGACAUUUGGUAUUUGAAAAGCCGACUCGUCUGUGCGAUCCACUGGGUGUUUGCUCUUUAAAAAAAUGUCUUGGAGUUGUAUCAUUGUAUACACUUCUUUGUUUUGAAAAACGACCCUGGCAAGCAUUGACAUAAUUGCAGGGGGAAUUGGGUGCACUAUACAUCCCCUGCUUGCGUUUUUUUAAUCUCAGUGCCAGCUCUAGUGCAUUUGUUGAUCCCUACAUCUGUUUUUAAAUUGUUUUUUUUUUCCGUGUCUCUGCUGGCAAGUACUGCCUUCAUGGAUGAAAAGCGAAAUAGUGAAAGUGAAUUAUGAGCAUUUUAUUUGUUUCUGAAAGCCCUUAAAAGCCUCCCAUUCAGAUUUCAGCGUGGCACACAAAAGGUACAAACCUCUCAGUGGCUUGAACACUUUAUUCAAUUGCGUGUAAGUUGCCCUACUGUGUGGCAAGCUGUCCAGCAGGUGUCAUGCAGUGACAUCCUCACUGGAUAAUAUCGUCACUGGAUAAUAUAACUGGAUAAGUGGAAGAUUGUUUUGAUUUAUUAAGAAUCUGCAUAUUAGAAUGGCUAAGCAUUGCUGGCAUGAGAUUGGAAUACAGGCACAAUGAUAAAAGAUAUCAAUUCUAUAUUAAUGUAAUAGGCAAAUGCAUAUUUAAGACCCUUUAACUGUUAAUUGAGGGAAUAUCGGUAAUGGGGUACCUGGGAGAUGAGACUUUGCAUUUCUAUAGCUGUUAAAAAUCACUAUUUCUCAUAUUUCUUGACGAGGGCGGGCGUCUUCACAGCCAGUGAUGUGAGGUCACAAGUUUAACACAUGGUAUGAUACCAAGAAUAUGGUUUUUUAACCACUUGUUGUGGUGCCAGUCUCCUGUCACUAUUCAUUUUAAUAUCACAUCUUUUUUUAAUCAUAUGUCAAAUAUGUGUCAUUUAAUAAAUUGGUCAAAUGUCUGUCGAUGAACUGCACACAAAACGUGAACAAUGAUCCUUUAAAACAAUAUGUAAUCCCUCAUUUUGGCGAUAGUCUGUGGAAGUCUGUUGGUGAAAGCUUUGCUCACUUAUUUUGCACUGUAAUAUUGGGGGACACGUUCAUCAUCUCACAGAAUAUUAUUGACUUUUCUCCAUGUUUUUGGGGUCUCACAACUUACACACACAUUUACAUGAAUUGAGUUAGUGAAGCUUCUUGAAGUGUUCUUUAAUCAAGACGAAAGGACAGUAUUAUCCUCAGUUUUAAAUUUAGCAUAAGCCCAAAAGUCUGAGUGCAGCAUAAUUAAGAACCUAGGAAUGGUUUUGUCUUGGUUCCACAUUAUCUUUAGCUACUCAGAAAAUCACCACUGUUACCUAUUGAAAGGAUGACAAAAUUUACCUCCAUUAGUCAUUUCAUUUUAUUUUGGUUUUGCAAUCAUGUUUCCUGAAGUUGUAUCUUCAUGUACAGUGCAACUCAUCCAGUGAACAGUGUGAUCAUUAGAUAUGUGAAAGUGGCUUUCAUGUCCAACUGUAUGAUGAGAGAUCUCAUUGUAUAUUCAAUAAAGAUGCAAGGCAUUAAGCAUCUGAAGAAAGAAAACCUGAAACUAAGUCUUGAGCACAAUGAUGUAGAUAUAGUAACUUAGAUGUUUGUUAUUGACCAGGCUGGAUCCCAUUCAUCGCUGACCCCAAAUGGUGCCAAUAUGGUGGAGUCUGUUUGCUGCCAUAUAGUAAAAGUAAAUCCCAAGAAAUUAAAAUGGUCCUGAAUGCUGACAUUUUUUAUUAGGGCUGUAAAUGAAAAAGAAACUAUUUGACUGUAUGGCAUAUUUUCCCUUUUAAUUCUAUUUAAAUAUAUGAUGGGAUUAAAGACA